CCGUGCACGUACCGUAACAGAAUCCAAGAUGGCGCCGGCGUGCGGGCGUCUGGCGGCAGUCAGCUGGCUGGCGGCGCUCGUUCAGCUGACUGUGUGUGACGUCACCUGGCCGUCUGGGGUCACCGACCUGCAGCUGUGGGACGUCCUGGAUGACCUGGAGCCGGCCAUCAGCGGACACCCGAUCCGGAUCGCCGACCUGGCGAUCCGGAUGGUGGAUAUGGAGGGUCAACGGUUCGGCGGCAACCAGAGCGUCUACUGGCAACGCCACGGAUACACACAGUGUAAGUGCCGCGUCGGCUGCCUCGCCUCCCGGUGGUGCGUGGCAUUCGAGUUUGACUCGAGCAACGGCUGGUGUCAGCACUACUCUAACCGCGGCGGGGGCCUCGAGGCCGGUGCCUCGACCACCACCACCAUGCAGUUCAAGAUGCUGAACGCCGGUGUAGGUGACGCGUGUCAGAUCGACCUGGAGUGCUCCCGGCAGACCCUGAACGCCACCUGUGUGCCGGACGCCGCCACUGGUGGCGCCACCUGCCAGUGCCCCGGCGACCACGUACCGCACCACGGAGCCUGCGUCGAUCCUAUGUCACUGACGACCACGGUGGCGACCACGACCACGACCACGGUCACCACCACCACCGUCACCACGACGACCACCGCGCCGGCCGAGACCACCACGGACGCCGCCGCCGCCGCCGCUGCCGCCGCCGCCGCCACCACCACCGCUCCGCCAGUACCCGUCACUGAUGGCGCCGUCACCCUGGCCGACAUGAGUGUCGAGGCCGAGUGGCCCUGCGACGCCGCCAACACCGACGUCGAUGUCGAGGCGUGCAGCUUCAUGGCGCAGUUUGCGGUGCCCGACACUGCCCCGGAGAUGUGGAGGAACACGCUGGCCGGCUCGUGCGACCUGGCCCGGGGACGCUGCAAGUUCCCCACCGUCCUCUCCUCAGACUCAUCGGACGUGGGUCCCCGACGUAUCGAGGGGUGGCGCAGCGCCGGCCACUUCUUCUUCAGCUCGCCGGACUUUCUCUCGCCGCCGCCGGAGAUCACCGACGCGUACGACGCCGGCCCCGCGACUACCGGAGACCGAUGGAGAUACGACUGCUCCACCUACGACGGCACCUCGACCGUGCUCACAGGUAUACUGGGUGUGGCCCGAGAGGACAAAUACGACAACAACAUACCCCGCGACAUGGACCUGAUCCAGUGCACAAGGUUUUUGGACAUCUACCUGCAGGUGGACCCGGCGGUCGGUGCCGUCCUGGACAUCGCCGUCAAUGGCGAGUACCGGUGCCCGGCUAACCACGUCGUUACGGGCGUCUGGUCUCUGGACAAACACUUCCUGUCACCGGAGAAGGCCAAGUGCUCCCGGCUGGUCUCCGGCACGGUCAACGUAGACGACCCGGCCUGCGUGAUGACCGGCAGACACGCAGGAUCCAGCGUGGCCAUCUACUGGAACGCCUGCGUGCAAGAUAGCGGACCGUUCGUGGUGACCGGUCUCCGGCUUAGUGACGUCACGGUGAACGCCGAGAGCAAGCAGUGGGAGCUGCGCUGCUGCCCGGUCACCGGUCCGGCUACCACCACCACAGUGUCCUAGGUCACUCCAAGAUGGCGGCCGUCCUGCUGCCCGGUCACCGGUCCGGUUACCACCACCACCGUGUCCUAGGUCACUCCAAGAUGGCGGCCGUCCUGCUGCCCGGUCACCGGGCCGGCCACCACCAGUCUUUUAUAUCUAUGGCCAUUGGCCACCACCGUUUUGUAGGUCACAGCAAGAUGGCGGGCAUCCUGCUGCCCGGCCACCAUCGUUUCGUAGGCCACAGCAGGAUGGCGGCCAUCCUGCUGUCACCACUGACCAGGAGUAUGUGAGCAGAGGAAAUGCUUAUUACAAACGGAUUAUGAUGCUGAGCGAAUAAGAAAAUCAGCUCGUGAUUAUGCAUUUACUUGCUCAUUUAUUCAAGGUUUUGGCUAUUAGGUACACUAAUCACCACGCAGCAUGAAGUAAAGGUAAGGAUUAUCAAUUAUCAUGAACAACAUGGAAUGGACCGAAACAAGUUGGUGAUAGUGGUUUCAGGUUUGGACUGAACGUGCCUUUUAUUGCGAUAUUUGAAUAUCAGCAAUGUUAGUUUUUUUGGCAACCUUUUGCCAUUGUGUGUCCUUGUCUGAAAUGUCUAUGACACUGGCACUGUUUACCUACUCUUUUUCUUUUCUUUUCUUUUUCGUUGAGCAUUAGCUCUUGCCAGAUUCUAUUCAUGUAACUUUAUUUGGCCCCUGUUCGCCUGAGUGCACGUUUGAUAUGAAAGAAUUACCUAUAUUUAAUUUCGGCUGCAAUUGAGUAAUAAAGCAAUCAUUGUUUUGA